AUGAUAACUAUGGAACAAAACAUUGUCCCAGCAAUCAUCUCGACCAUGUGUGAGUCCCCCUCGCUCCAGACUGAAACGACACUUGUCGAGACCCGCACAACGGGUUGGAUGCGCCGAUCUAGCUUGCGGAAACAUUUCCAGGUGUCACAUUAUGAUGGGAUGAAAGUUGCCACUUGCGUCCAUUGUGGAAAAGUAUUCAAAGAGCGUAAGUCCACUGGGAACUUAUCGAAACAUCUCAAAAAUCUGCAUCCACAAUUGCUCACCAGCAGCGGCAGAAAACCUCGUGAAACAAUAGAAAAAGCGAAAUCGAGAGCGCUUGUCAUUAAAAAGAGCCUUCUCCCCAAUUUUAUUGCCACCGAGUCCGUAGAGCGACCCGAGGAGUUUUUCGAAGUCGACCUUUUGAUUGAGAAACAACUGCCCGUGUCGAUAACAUCUUCGACAGCAUGGAAAAGACUUAUCAGAAACAAAGAAAGAACAGUGGAGCCCAGACCAAUUCUAGAAAGGUUUUCCAGCUACCUGCGGAGCUUCGAUGAUGAACUGAUCGGUAUGAUGCAAACAGCGGACUACGUUACCGUUGCACCUCAAAUACAUCGGACAGAGACUAGCGCGCCCUAUUUAACCCUUUCGGCAGCUUUCAUUCCGGGUUCCCUUAACAAUAAAACUGUAGGCGUCUUUGUUGAGGAUACGCAGGACAUAUGGCAGCAUAGAGAAACACACCUCUUGGAUGUUAUCAGUCUAGGGUUUGAAGGAUUGGGUGCUAAUAGUCUUAAGAGCAGUGUCAUGAACACCUUCGAACGCUUCAAAAUUUCUGAUAAAGCGAUACUUUUAACCUGUAAUCAAGAAUGGAACAACCAGGGCGACAAUUCCUUGUACGAUGGGAGCAUCGACGUGGACUCUGAUAUGGCAAAGACACCCUCAGUUAGAUGUGUCAGUGAACUUGUGGAAACGCUUUUGAGCAUAAUCGUCUCCCACAUUCGUGCCACAGAUGACGCGAUGACAAAAGCUUUUGCUGAACUGGACAAACUAGGGAGGGUUUUGAAUGACUCAGAAGGUCUGAAAAGAUCACUGGAAGAAGCUGAAAUUCAUCCCAUUCCUGUCUUUACCAAACCUACUGCUAUGUGUGUAUGGUAUCAAGCAUUUGCCUGCUUGACUUAUUGGAUCAAAUACCAAAACUGGUUGAAACUCGAUUUCUCUGGCUAUGAGGUAGAAAUGAAAGAGAUCAACCAGGCUUUCCAGGUGCUCAAAAAGUCAAUCGUAUGUCUUUCAUACUUUGUUUCAUGCUGCUCAGUUUUUCAUCAUAUGAAAACGUUGGUUGAAACAGAUGAAUUUAACCGCCUGUCAAACGCAGUCGUGAUCUAUUGCACGUUGAAAAGAUUUUACGAUGCAUGCCAUUCUGCAAAUUUUAACAAGCUGGUAAGCUCCACUGUUGACAGUAGCGACUUCUCUUUCAUCAAUGGAAAUAAUGACCUUCCUAAAGCUAUCAAGCUCAAAGUACUGAACGCUGUACAUCAGAGUGUGAGCGAGUUUGUUGGUUACCUUGACCUGUUCAAGAAAAACGAUAUCUACUUCGCUGCAGCGAUGCUCGACCCGUCAGUAGGACAUGGCAAAGUCCGUAAAUAUAUGACUGAGGCGGAUGCUGACGAGUGUGUCGAGAGAGGAAUGAAAAUUAUCAGGUGUCACUUGAAAGAACGGGGUCGUGCAGAAGUGGGGUUCCAAAGUCCGGUAAUUUGCGAUAAGAUUUCUUGUUUUUCCGAUGAUCAUUUUGAAUCUGCUUUACAGCCUGAUUCCUUUCUGUCUCAGCUAGAAGUUGGUUCAAUGGAGUGGAAUUUGUAUACUCGAGAAACGAUCACGUAUGAACCGGAAAUCGAUGUUUUGCAAUGGUGGCUAUCUAAGAGAGACAAAUUUCCUUGCCUCUUUCCACUCGCUGUAUCGUUACUCAGCAUCAAGCUCGGCCACCUACCUGAGCAAAAUUUGCAAGGCGUGGACCAGCUUUCAAGCUGCGAUGGAUAUUGUGAUGAAUACAGACGGCUCCAAAUUUUGCUCCAAAACCGGUUCUUCAAAUUCGGGCUCCACCAACCACCAGACGAAGACUCAUUGAGUGGCUCGAUUCAAUCAUUGGAUAGUUGGAGCGCUGGGGAAGACAUCGCGGACGAAAUUUAG